UCGCCGCCGGGGGGCGCGCUGUGUUUCAGGCGCUGCCUCGGUCGAGCUGCACCGCGCCUGCGCGCAGCCUGCAAACCGUGCAGCUCUCCGUGCAGAUGAGCGGGCUGGCGAGCGGGGCCGGUGUUUACGAGCCGUGUGUCUCUCUAUUGAAUUAAUUACCCGGGGAUUAAUCAUCGCGUUAGCGCCGAGUUUACACAGCGAGCGGCCGGUGCGCGGCAUGGCGGACGAGGGGCGGCGGUAUAGCGAGCACGAUGACAGGGUGGGGGGGCCCGCGUUCCGCAAUAAGAAGGGGCGGGGGCCGUUCCGGGGCAGGAUGUACAGCGAGCAGCCCCCCCGGCAGAGGCACCGUGGAGGGGGCGGGUGGGGGCCUCAUCCCAGAGCUCGGUUUGAAGAGGAUGAGGGGGGAGACGUCUCCAUGAACGACGCCUUGCAGGAUUCGUCCGGGUCUGGCCAGCGCAGAUUCAACCCGUACAGCGCCAGACCUAACCGGCGCGGGGAGGACCGCUUCGACCGAGAACGAGGGGGGGGGCAGCGCGGGCCCAGGGGCCCGGCCAACCGCAAGAGCUGGUUCAAAAUCACAAUCCCUUGUGGUAAGAAGUAUGAUAAGCAGUGGCUCCUCUCCGCUCUGCAGGGAUUGUGCUCUAUCCCCUUUACCGCUGUGCAUUUCCACCAUGAGAAGAACAAUGCCGUGUUCUUCGUGGAAGACGCGACAACGGCAAACGCUCUGAAAAUGGUUUCCAGGAAGAUCACAGACAAGGACAGCUACAAGGUUGUGGUGAUAAUAAACAGCUCAUCAUCGCCCCCCUCGUUUAUGAGAGAGAGAUCAGACAGCUGGACAAGCUCUCUCUCUCUCUCUCAGCAAUGCAUGAGCAAGCGUUUCGAUGGCUCCCAGCAAGCACUGGAUCUGAACAGCCUUCGCACCGACCCAGAUCUUGUGACCCAGAAUAUCGACCUGGUCCUAAACAGGAGGAACUGCAUGCAGGCGGUCAACAAAAUCAUUGAGGAGAACAUUCCUGAGCUCAUCUCUCUGAACUUGAGCAACAACAGACUGUACAGACUGGACGACCUCUCUGAGCUGGUGAACAAGGCUACCAAACUGAAGUCUUUGAACCUGUCCCGCAACGAGCUGAAGACGGAGAGAGAGCUGGACAAAAUCAAAGGCUUCCAGCUGGAGGAGCUGUGGCUGGACAGGAACGCGCUGUGCGAUUCCUUCAAAGACCACGCCACGUAUAUCAGGUGAGAGAGAGAGGCUUGAUCCAGAAAGCAGCGGGGCUCCAGUGACCUUCCCUGAGCUCCUCCGAGGGGGAGGGGGGUACUGUGACCGGUGCAGCAAGCCAUUCCAGCUGUUUUACUGUGAGCCGAGUCCACCUGUCUCCUCUCACCUUGGGUGUAGGACUGACCUGAGUUUACAAGUAAUGGUUUAAACUCGCUGUGUAAUGUGGGAGGCUGAUUCCCGACCCCGGGCACACGGCCUGGCUGAUUCCCGAGCCCGGGCACACAGCCUGGUUCCUCAUAUUUGGGAUGGUGGGGAGGGUUUGGGUGGCAGGCAGUUUUGUAAUGUUCUUUUUUAAAAGGAGUAACUCGAUUCUCGCUGGCAGGGUUUCCAGUCUGUGUAGAAAUGUGAUGGUUCUGCAGUCCUGAGGCGCUCUGUGCACAGCACUGAAUUCUAUACAGGCUGGCAAAUCACCUGCCAAUCAUUUCUACAGAGUCAGGUGUGCGGGGGGGGGGG